AUGGCAGAGUUCAGUUCUUGGGAGGAUACUGACCGUGAAAUGAAAUUGAAACAGAUUCCAUCAUCUGUCAAGUCACAAGACGUGAGUCAUAUUCUGACAACCAUUUUCAAAGACCUGCUCUCCAAGAAUUCCUUCAACAAUGAGAUUAUUGAAAACCAAGUCAAUUCAAAAGGAAGUGAUGAUCCUUAUCAUGAGAGAUAUGUGUCAGAAUUACAAAAGGCCCUUAAGGAAAAAGAGAGCAGAGUGGCACAAAUUGCAAAUUUGGAACGGUACAUUAUUCAAGCGCAGGCACGAGCCUUGUCUGCAGAUGAGAAACAUUAUAAUAAGUAUUGGUCAGUUGGAAUCUACAAGGAUAUAACAACCCCAAAUGUUAAUCUUCAGUGCCAUUCAGUACUUGAUAAGAAAAUGCUAAAAGAAAAUGGCCUCCUCAUUCCAGAUGACUACACAAUAGAUAAAAGGAUACCUGCUCCACCUCCAGAAGCUACUCGGCAGGUCAGUCAAUAUUCAUCAAAAGCAGCCAUCAAGCCCACUAAGGUAGAACAGAAACUGGAAAAUCAGUCACUGUUAACUUACAGUCACAGCGAGAAGUCAAAUCGGAACACUGAAGUGAAACAAAUACCAAAGAAGAAAGAUUUGGUAUUUCCAGUUAACAAUGCUUGGAAAGAGUAUCCUAGCUUGGCAGAACGCCUAAAGGAAAAAACUAUUAUGGCAAAAAUGGAGGCUAAAGCAAAUUUCUUGCGCAAUCCCCGUCACCAGAAUCUAUCCCUGAUCUCCGGGAUGACAUCUUUAAUCCACCAGAAGAAGAAUUCCACACAGGCAGAUACUUCUUUGCAAGAAGACAAUGAUGAAGAAUCAGCUGUUUUCAUAGCCCUCCCAAAAGAAAUUGUUUUCAAUGAAUACAAAACCGGAAAUAUCUAUGAGGCUACUCUUGAAUUGAAAAAUGUAUCCACUGUAUUGAGAACAUGCAGAGUUUUACCGCCAGCUUCCAAAUACUUUACAAUUGGUUUAGGUCAGUUUCCUGGGGAUCAUGGUCUGGUGGCACCUGGAAUGAGUUGUAUCUAUACCAUCCGAUUUGCACCAGAUUCUCUUGGUGAUUUUUUUGAUGAGCUGAAAAUCAUUACACAGACUUCAAAUUCCAUCUCUGUUCCUCUUUUGGGUAAAAGGCCACAUCCGGUUCUAACAUUACCACCUGCAAUCAACUUAGGCUAUUGUCUGGUUGGAGCUGUUCAUAUGACCCAAAUUGUGCUUAAGAAUGAUGGAGGUCCUGGUUGCUUUUGCUUGCUGCCUGCUUCUAAUUGGCCAGCCACAAACUUCAGGACUGUUGUUCGGGAAGAAACUGUUACCAUUCCUCCAUUUGUGAUCAGGCCGUCCACAUUUGAAAUGUUGAGUGGUCAAGUUGGUGUCCUUGAAAUUGUUUUUCAACCAGAGGAAGCAAAAACUUUCCAAGAAAAAGUGACCAUAGUUUGCGACAAUUGUCAAGUGAAAUACAUUGAUAUUAUUGGUGUUGCUCAAAAAGCUGAAGUGAUGAUUGUUUCAAGUCACGACGUGUUAACUGAACCUUCAUUUGAAGAGAACCCAGAUAAGACAGAAAAACAUUUCAUAAGAUUUGACAAUCUGAAUCUGUUCUCUUAUCAGGAAAAGAGGUUUAUGGUGAAAAACUGCACAAAUAUAAAUUUAUCAUUCUACUGGCUGAAAUGCACGUUAACAAAUGACCCAACAAACCAAGAAUCCUUUAUCUACACUAAAGAAACGAUGGAAAAUCCUCCAUUUUGUAUUUACCCAGAAUAUGGCAAUAUUCCUCCAGCAGAAACUUUAUCAUUUGAAACAGUUUUUGCCCCAGAAAAGGUAGAUUGUUACAAGUGUGUUUUUUACAAAUGA